AUGCUUUUUGCAACGCUCUGCGAACCGAUCUUCCAGUGUCGUUUCGUAUCCAGGGUUGUCAUAAGUAAAGAUAGAGAUCGUCUAAUCCAUGAGAUGGAGACAAAGUUUUUCAUUCCUCUCUCUCAGUCCGAAUGUUCUGAUGUUUACGAACCAAAGCCUUUACCGUGGUAUCCAGGCGCUUAUCAAACUAGAAUGACACGAACGGAGGUUAGGAGUCAUCCAAUUCUUGCUCAUUUUCACAACUUCCUGGUAACAGAGGCCGGUCUUGGCCACAUAUCACGUCAGGAGGCCGUAAGUAUGAUUCCACCGUUGCUGUUAAAUCCUAAGGCGGACCAUAUAGUCCUGGAUAUGUGCGCUGCUCCCGGAAGCAAAACAGCACAGUUAGUAGAGAUGAUGCAUGAAAACACAAAUACUCCAAAUGGCAUGCUAGUAGCAAAUGAUAUUGACAAGAAACGCUGUUAUAUGUUGAUCCACCAGACACUUAAACGCUUCCAUACUGCCAAUUGUGUGGUCAUAUGCGAGGAUGCUGCUAGAAUGCCUAUCUUGAAGGGAAAAGACGAUGACCAUUUGAAAUUCGAUCGCAUCCUUUGUGAUGUGAUUUGUAGUGGAGAUGGAACGCUUCGAAAAAACCCGGAGAUUUGGUUGAAGUGGACGCCACAGGACGGUCUUGCAUUGCAUCGUAUGCAGCUUUCAAUUGCGCGUAGAGGAGCUGAGCUUUUAAAAGUUGGUGGCCGUAUGGUCUACUCUACAUGCUCUAUGAAUCCAAUUGAAGACGAAGCGGUUGUUGCUCAAUUAAUACGAGAGUCAAAAGGUGCUCUCCGACUGUGUGAUACUCAUCCUCUUCUUCCUAAACUAAUUGGUCUUCGUGGUGUCUCAGUAUGGAAGGUCUUCGAUCGAGACAUGAAUUUCUACGAGAAACCAUCAGAUGUACCUGAUCCUUUGCGUAAAAUGAUUUGUGAAUCAUGUUUUGCACCAAGUGAAGUAGAGAAAGCAUCACUGCAUUUGGAAUACUGUAUGCGAAUUGUGCCACAUCAUCAGGACACUGGAGGCUUUUUCGUGGCGUUGAUAGAGAAGAUCGCAGUUAAUUCUUUCAACAAUGCUGUUACUGUAAGUGGGCCAGCAUUCAGAAAGCAUAAAAUGUUCAAGGAUGAACCAUUCACCUUUUUGAAGAAAGACGACGAACGAUGGCUUGAUAUCAAAAACCACUAUGGCAUUAGAGAAGACUUCGAGUACGAGAACUUGUUCAGUCGUCGACUUGCUGAGAACGAUGUUAAUUGCCGCCAGUUGUUCUACGCUAACAACGCGGUUAAGGAUUUCGUGGCAUGUGCUUUUUUUUCCUUUGUGGGCUAUUUGACUGGGAACGUGUUUGGAAUCCUCAGUAGUUUUCAGCAGCGCAAUAUGACGACUGUGUCAAUUCAAAACGCCGGUAUGAAGAUGUUUAGCCGUAAUGAGCGUAAAGUCGAAAAGACGCGCUUUCGUUUGUCACAAGAAGGAAUAAAACAUUUGCUUCCUUUUUUGAACAAACAGUUGGUUGAAAUUGGUAAAGAUGACAUGCUGAAAAUACUAAAGACAGAUGAAGCGAUGAUCCCAUUAGAGUCUCUUCGAUGUAAGGAUGCUGUUCGGGAGCAGAGCGCUGGAAGUUUGGUUUUAUAUUCAGAUCGAUCAAAUCCAGUAUGUACCUGGGUUGGAUUUCAUACAGUUUCGCCCUACCUGUGUAAAGAAGAGCGCAUUCAUAUGCUUCGCAUGAUGGGAGUUGACUGCUCAGAGAUCGAGCAAAUGAUGAGAUCUAAGAGAAAGCAUAAGGUUUUAAUUAAUUGGAAUCGUCCAUCAUUAUUACCAGAGAUGCGGCGUGAGUUACUAGGAUGUGGUUUGUCAGAAGAUGGUCAGCUUGGACUCGGUAGCAGGAACUCUGCGUGUGUCAAAAUUCCAGAAAAGAUCGUAGAAGAGAUCCAUGGGGGUUUCUUCGUUAUUAAUAUCUGUUUAGUCGGUGCUCCUAUAAACACUAAUGGAACAACCGUGACUAGCAUAUCAUGUGGAGAAAAACACACACUAAUAUUGGAUGAAGGUGGAAAAAUGUGGAGUGUCGGAGGAAACGAGGACGGGCAACUUGGUAGAGGAGGUCGCGGCCCAGGAAGUUUCACGAUUUAUCCGGUGUCCUUCAGUGGUGGAGUCCAAAUAAUACAAGUAAGAAUGUCAGGACGCUCUCAUUCUUUGGCAGUAGCUGAAGAUGGCAGACUUUUUGCGUGGGGUAGCAAUGAAUAUGGACAACUCGCCAUGCCACGUGAAAUCCCUUGGCAGGAAACACCGAAACGUGUGGGGCAGUUGACCGAAGUUGUUCAAGUUGCAUGUGGUCCGCUUCACUGUAUAGCUCUAUUAGAAAAACAAGUUCCCCAUCUUUCCCGUUGUUACAUGAAACUUACUGAUAUCCUCGCAGGUGGAGACGUGGUUGUAUGGGGUGAACAGGCUGAUGGUGCAAUUUUGCAUACCCCACAAAUCGUAACUCAAUUAGUUGGUAUUCCUAUUGUUAGAGUGGCUGCUGGUGGUCGUCACUGCGUGGUUGUUUCUGCUGGCGGUGGCAUUUACUCUUGGGGUCACAACGAAUAUGGUCAACUCGGCACGGGGGACACUUCACCUCGGUCAACACCUUUUUUCUUGGAGGGAAUGGGAUCAAUGCACAUCAUCGAGGCGUACUGUGGCGACUCACAUACACUUCUGCUUUCGGAAGAGGGACGUUUGUUUGCGUUUGGUUCUGACGCUCAAGAGAAAAAACAAACAGUAUCUUGGAAUUUGUUUAGAAAUCAUUCACUCGUCGUCAUUGGAGGUCGAUUGUACCCAUUUGGCCAGAACGCCAAUGGUCAACUAGGUAACGGACUAGCAGUGAAUCAAACAGUACCGCGACAAACCGAGGAACUCGAUCACGUAGUUGCUGUAUUCGCUGGAUUCGAUCAGUCUUUUAUCAUACGUGCUGUUGGCGCACCUGUGUCAGCUGCUGGGCCUAACUAUCCACUACGAACACCAAGGUUCCUUAGUAAAGCUGAAGUACUCAACUUAUUGGCUCGACAUGAGAAAUUUUACCUCAUCGGGCUCCUCGAAUCGGUUUUCUCCUCGGUUAGUUGUAUAAAUGGAUCGUUUUUAUAUCAGUUCGAACAGCGAUUUCUCUACGAACAGAAUAAUUUUGGAGUUAACUUGGAUGAUGUGAUGGAAACGUUUGGCGCCUUGGAAGAGUCGAAUGAUGCUCGUCAGUACGGAGAACUGAUAAUUGAGUGCUGUCAUAUGUCAGUAUUCCGAGAUGAUUUCAAUCCAGUAAUCGUUACAUCUAUCGAACCACUUCGUGUAUAUUUAAUACUCGUAUGGGUGCAUGUAUUUGUGACGGAUGAAGACAAAGGAUCUCAGGUCACGUGUUGGUCCAACUACCCAUUUCUUAUGAACGCAGCUGCAAAAGGGGAACUGUUAUAUGUCGAGGCAAUUAUCUCUAUGCAGACAUCAAUUAAUGGUGCUCGUUUGAACCUUUUCGGUUUUAAUCUCUUCAUCGAACAGCCAUUUUUCGAAUUAACAGUACGGCGGCAGCAUAUUGUUCAGGACACCAUUAACGGACUUCUGAACUCUGACAGAAGAUACUUACAUCGACCUCUAAAAGUCCAGUUUAUGGGUGAGGACGCCGAGGAUGCGGGUGGUGUGCAAAAAGAGUUCUUUAUGAUUUUAUUUCAAAAACUCUUGCAAUCGGAAUAUGGGAUGUUUAUUGAGGAUCCUGACUCGCAUUUAGUGUGGUUUAGUGGAUAUGACGUUCAAGAAGUGCAUUACUAUAAAAUGGUUGGAAUCCUUUGUGGAUUAGCAGUCUACAAUUCCGUCCUUGUGGCAUUUCCAUUCCCUUUGGCGGUUUAUAAGAUGCUUCUCGACCAGCGGCCAACUUUAGAAGAUCUAACAGAAUUGAGUCCCGUCGAAGGUCGUAGUCUUCAAGAGCUAUUAGAUUACCAGGGCGACGAUUUCGAGUUAAGUCCAAAUUUUGCACAACAAAUUGCAAAAAUAGAAAAGGAACGAGUAGUAAAUUAUGUGAGAACGGACGUUUUCUGUCUAAACUUCACGAUUUCCUACGCUGCGUUCGGCAGUACGGCAACAAUGGAGUUAAAACCUGAUGGAGCCAAUGUACCUGUCACUCAGUCCAACAAAACUAGCUAUGUGGAACUUUACGUUCAUCAUCGCCUAUGUAUCGGGCGUAAUGGUGAAGUCGAACGGCAAGCAGCAGCGUUCCGUGAUGGGUUCAAGAUGGUGCUGAAUAGUCGUAUCAUUGCCUUCUUUCAGCCACGAGAACUUAUGGAACUAGUUGUUGGCAAUGAAAACUACGACUGGUCGGAAUUGCGCAAGAUCGUUCAUUACAAAGGUGAAUAUCAUGCGAAUCAUCCGGCUAUUCUCGCUUUCUGGAAGGCAUUUUUUGAGUUAGGUGUUGAUGAACGCAAACAAUUCCUGCAAUUCCUUAUGGGUUCAACGCGUUUACCGGUAGGUGGAAUGUCUGCGCUUAAGAUGUACGUUCAGCCAACAGCACCUGAAGUGUUGCCUGUAGCACAUACUUGCUUCAAUCUUCUCGAUCUUCCGAACAUCAGCGACAGCAAAGAGAUGCUUCGUCGGCUUCGCAUAUCUAUUCAGCAUACGCAAGGUUUCACCCUUGCUUGA